UUAUUACAGGAUUCAAUGAAUAGGGUUUUAUGUAUGAACUCUUUCAUUUUCUCUUUAAGGGUUUUGAAACGAUAUACGGUUGUUCUUUUUAGAUUCUUGACAAGAUUUGAACUGAGCCUGGAGAAAGCCCAGAUCUUGGAGUAGCCGUGUGCUGUUUGCUCCGUUCCCAUCGAGUACUAUCUGUGGUUUUUUAUCAUUGCUGCACCAGGAGCAGCAGCUAAAGGACAUUAUAUGAUGGAUGGGGAUGAUGAACAGAGCCAGGAUUACCUUUUUAAGAUUGUUCUCAUUGGUGAUGCUGCUGUUGGCAAAUCAAAUUUGCUUGCAAGAUAUGCUCGGAACGAAUUCUACCCAAACUCCAAAUCCACAAUAGGAGUUGAGUUCCAAACUCAGAAGAUGGACAUUAAUGGGAAGGAAAUCAAAGCUCAGAUAUGGGAUACUGCAGGUCAGGAGCGUUUCAGAGCUGUGACAUCUGCAUAUUACCGAGGAGCUGUUGGAGCUCUUCUGGUGUAUGACAUCAGCAGGCAUCAGACUUUUGAUAGUGUUGGCCGAUGGCUUAAUGAACUACAAACUCACUCUGACAUGAAUGUUGUGACCAUUCUCGUGGGCAACAAAACUGAUCUCAAGGAUGCCAGGGAGGUAAGCACAGCUGAGGGCAAGGCACUGGCAGAGGCCCAGGGCCUCUUCUUCAUGGAAACCUCUGCGCUGGACUCUUCUAAUGUGGCAGCAGCUUUUCAGACUGUCGUUAAAGAGAUCUUUAAUAUACUGAGCAGGAAGAUACAUCUAUCUCAGGAUCUAAAGAAGCCCGACAUGUCAUCACUAGGAAAUGGGAAGACAGUGAUAUUGCAGGAGGAUGCGGAUGACACAAAUAGUGGAGUCAAAGGUAACCGGUGCUGUUCUUCUUGAACCCAGCCAUGUAAGGCAUAUCCUUUUCCUUAUCUUUUUUUCAAGGUCUAAAUUUUAUCAUACGCUUGAUUCCAUUUUCCCUCUCUCCAUUGUAAAGAAUACGCAUCCAAUUUGAUUAUCCAUGAUGGAACCCAGAAAAUGUUGAUUACCCAAGUGCAUCUAGACUUGUCGCUAAUUCUCAAAAUUUCUUUUCAGUUUUUCUGUGACCCAUUGAACUUUGUUAUGUAGAUUGAGUUAGACAUUUUCGUUGGUCCUUCGCUUUU